UCACUCACACUACUUCAUGUAAUAUGAUAUCUUACUAACACUACUUCGUGUGUGAUUUAUAACUUUGGUACAGGAUGAUUUUGUUUUGUGUAAGUGCAAUGUUUAGGUCAAGUAAUGUAACUCUCAAAUAUGAUGCUAAAUAUAUGAUUGAUAUUAUUAUAUGUUAGUAGUAAGUUAAGUUGUUAGUAUUAUUAUUUGCAAGUUAUAAGUAUUAUAAGUAAGUUUAGUUGUUAGUAUUAUUAGUGAAUUAAGAUAUUAAUAUUAUUAGUAAGUGUAGGUUGUAGUGACAAGUGGAUACUUAUUUAUCAUUUCAAUAUUUCGAUAUUAAUGGCACGUUAUUUACAAAAUUAAAUAGGUACAAUAAUUAGACUGUAGAAUAUACAGUUUAAUUAUUAUUUCUGAGUGUUUACGCUCGUUAUGGCAUACAUGCUCAUACGCGCGCUACAUUUUACUCUUCAAUAAAAUCAUACUGCCAUAGCGAGUGAUGUGCCAACAACCACAUUUUUUGAAACGAUCGCAUUUGAUUAGAAACAAAGAUAAACAAUAACAUAGAUAAUGUUAUUGGUAGAAAUUACAAGUGCAAUAAUGUUAUAUAAACUGCUAUCGCAUGGUAAUUUACUUAUUUAAAAAACAAUUCAAGAACAUCUCUCAAUAGUUACAAGUUUUCACCGGAGCAGACGUUUUAAAUAUGUUAUGUGAUUCAAGAAAAUAAAAUAGUUACCUAAUUUGAAGUUAUGGAGUUACAGAAGAAUGAAACUGAUAGACUUUUUGUUGAACCAGUGGUGCCUAAACCCAAAGUGAGUCUAGACACAAUACUGUUCGAGGCGAUCGGUCAGUUCGGGCGGUAUCAGCUGCGGAUGGUAAUGUUGGCGGGAGUGUUGAGUGUCUUCACCGCAUUCUCGGUUAUCGAAUAUGUGCUUACUACAGGGAGAAUCAAUACCAGAUGUUUAAUUCCGGAGUGCGAGACCUCGGCAGUUACGACAUUUUCCCCGCCGUGGAUAUUGAACGCUGUGCCGGAGAUCGACGGCUCUUUCGACAGCUGCCGCCGCUUCAAGCCCAAUGGUACCACUACGAGGAAUGACUCGUGCCCAGCUGAGUGGUUCAUCAGAAACAUUACGAUUGAAUGUUCUGAAUACUUGUACGAGAAUGUUAAUACCAUUGUUUACGAUUUUGGGUUAGCAUGUGACGAAUGGCGCCGAUCACUUAUCGGUUCAGUGCACACUUUCGGCGGACUCCUCGCCUUACCCAUCACGGGCUACAUCUCCGACCACUGGGGCCGCCGGCUCGCGCUCGUCAUCAACGUCGCCAACACCGCCUGGCUGGGCUGCGUGCGCUACCUGUGCAGCAACUACUACGCGUUUCUGAUUGCUGAGCUAUUCAAAUCCAUGUUUAGUGGUGGAAUUUUCUCUUGCACGCAUAUAUUAGUAAUGGAAUUAGUUGGUCCAAAGCACCGGGUAGCAGCAGGUGCAGCUUUAAGUACUUGCCUUUCUUCAGGACAUUUCCUACUAAGCCUCAUUGCGUGGGGUGUUCCUUAUUGGAGGAAUCUGAUCCUCAUACUUUACGUCCCUCAUUUUCUAUUCCUUUCAUACUAUUGGCUCAUUUCGGAAUCUCUACGCUGGAACAUGACCAAGGGAAGGUAUAAAGAGGUUGAAAAUUUCCUUAAAAAGGUAGCCCGAGUAAAUAUAAGAGAAUUAACUGAGAAAUUUCAGCAAGAAUUAAAAGAAACUGUGAAUACAGAAGAAAAACUAAAAGCCCGCGAAGAAGAAUAUAAAAAGAAGGAACCUUGGCUGAUCGUAGCAGUAUUUCAAAAUAAAGAGAUUUUAAAACGCUGCUGCAUUGCACCGAUAUGGUGGAUAAGCUUCAACUUGAUCUACAACAGCAUGGCAAUUAACUCAGUGAACAUGUCCGGGAACCGAUACUUAAACUUGAUGCUGGUAGCUGCAUCAGAUAUACCAGGUUAUUGGGUGGCUGUGCUGCUAAUGGAUAGGAUUGGCAGAAAGCCUGUUCUCAUUGGCGCUUUUUGGACCUGUGCGGUCUGCCAACUGGUUUACAUAUUAAUACCUAAGUAUAUGUACGUUGCUUCCUUAUCAGUGUAUUUGACCGGCAAGUUCAGCAUCGCGAUAGUGAUGAUGUCGCUGUACAUCUACACCGCAGAGAUGUUCCCGACCAAGCACCGGCACAGCUUGGUGGCUUUUGCCUCCAUGCUGGGCAGGAUCGGCUCUAUUGUGGCUCCGUUAACACCCGCGCUUGGGGCGUCAAUUUGGCAUGACUUUCCUUCAGCGCUGUUCUGCGGGUUCGCGCUGACGGCCGGCGCGCUGGUACUGCUCGCGCCGGAGACGCUGGGCACCAAGCUGCCGGACACCAUGGAGGAGGCGGCCUUGAUCGGCGUCAGGGACAACAAGUGAAUUGUGAUAACUGGACUUUAACUCAUUA